GGUGAAUAUGGGAACACUGGACUGGUACCAUGAACACGUCCGAUCUCGUUUCAAGCGCUUUGGCAGUGCCAAGGUGAUGAGGUAGAAGGCAGCAUGGCAGCGGGCAGAGUCUUCACCCGGAGUUCUUUGUUCUGCAUGAUGAAGACACGUUAAGCAUGCCAGAAAACCAUGGGUUCGAUUUGUGUGAUGCUGCUGAAGGAGGUGACAGCGUCAUUGAUGCUUCUGAAGCUCAACACUACAAAAUGAUGAGAAAGAAGAAGCGCCUCCUCUCCGUUCACCCCCUGGAUUUUGACCUGGACUCGGAGUACUCCACUCAGUCCCGCCGAGAGUCUUUCCAGUACACCUCGGGAUUGGACGCCGUUAUCCCGAAGGAGCCCGUGAUUGCCGAGGCAGACAUCACCUCCAUGUUUCAGCAGAUCCUGGAGGAGCAAAGGCAGCAGGGCGAGGAAGAGCCAACCACGGAGCUGCAGCUGCAUGCCAGUUAUCAAAGUAAUGCCAUCCCAUCAAACAGUCCUGCCAGCUUGAUGAGCCGCUCGCUGCACUCUCACUACUCCACUGACCUGGACACCUCUGACGAGGAGCCUGAAGCUCGAUUCCCAGUGUACCAGAGCCACUUCCACCAACGGAGGAGCCGGGAAUCCCCACCAGAAGGCGUGGAUUCGACCCCUCAGAUCCCCUGUGGAGUAAAGGACACAGUGCAGCCCACUCAGCGGCCAUCACCACCAUCCCAGGAUCAAAGGCCGGGCAAUGAAGCAGACGAGACGCACCAGCAGCUUGAUGCGCAUGUGUCUGAUAUUGAAAGCCGAAUAGCCGCCUUACAUGCAGCUGGUAUGUCCAGAAAGGAAACUUUAAAGCAGACAUCAGCUGGCGAGGAGGUGAUGCCAAAGGCGCUCUUCAAGGCUGUUCGAGAUCAAUGUAAAACAAAUACUUUUGACCGCAAUGACGUGUACCGGGGUUCACUAACCCAAAGGAAUCCAAGCUCCAGGACUAAACGAAGCCCCGUUUACGCGGUAUGA